GCAACUUUCGGGAUUUGCAUAACUAACGCUUCUCCUUUCAGCGGCUUCUGACGUUGUUGGAGGAACUUAUGGUUGGCUGCCUCGCACAGUUUACAUACAGUCCGUCUGCAAGGGACUAGAGCAAGGAGAAAGGUGUGCGAAAAAUACCGAUUCCAGCCUAAAAAUGCUACGGAUUUUGAGAGAAGUUUUGGUUAUUUUUGCUGCUAAUUACCUACUUGGAAGUGAAUUUUCGGUGGCAGCAUUAAAGAUCGACGGGUCUACCCCACUGAAAAGCGCGGUGGAAGGGGUAUCAAGUGUCGUGAGUAAAGCGGCAUCUGCUUUAACAAACACGUUUCUGCCUUCGCAACGCCAUCGCAUUGUGACAGACGUGAAGUUUGGAGGUCACAAGUUCGCCGAGAUUUUUGAGGACAAAAACGAUGCUGGUUCUCUUACGUGCAACCUUUUGGGCGACAGGAUACUUAUAGAACAUUUGUUGAAGUUCAUCCCAAGCGCGCUUGUCACUGACGUAACGAUGGAAGAAAUGGAAGUGUUCGUGGACAAGUGCGUCGACCGAGAGCCGGAGACAAAAAGAUCCUCCCUGUUGGAUUUGUUAGGCACCGCACUUCAGAGCCUCCUGAUAUACCCAGGUACCAAAUGGUGUGGGGCUGGAGACAUUGCCAACGGCUACGACGACUUGGGGAGGGCCAAGGAGAUUGAUAUGUGCUGUCGCGACCACGAUCACGCCGAUGACAACAUAUUGGCUUUCCAGACAAAGCACGGAAUCAAAAAUUUCAGAUUCUAUACAAUGACAAACUGCGACGAUGAUGAGAAGUUCUUCAACUGCCUUGUCAACUCGAGCAAUGUUGUUACGGCGUCCGUCGGCAUCACUUACUUCGAUGUGCUCAGAACCAAGUGCUUCAAAUACGGCCAUCCUUUAAAAUGCACCAGUUACAAUCCGUACGGACGACACUGUCAGUCGACAGAAAGUACUAAGCUGUCCAUAACCUUUACCAGGGGAAAGGUCAUUCCGUUUCGUAUACUGCUGCUUCGUCCACCUUGUAAAAACCAAGAAGAGGACACGUCUCAGCCUAAGAGAUGGAGUGUCGAGUACCCACCGAAUUUUUUCGAGGCUUUCGUUAACAGGAAGAAAUCCGGCCUUAUGAAUGUGUUCUCGGCACCAGAGGAUGAUGACACGGAGUGUUAAAACUGAUGAUGCCGUGGAACUACCUACCGAAAUACGCGUAAAAAUUAAAUCUAGGAGUUUGCAACUCCUAGAUUGUGGCCACAGAUGUGCAUGAAGCUUAUGUCUCCCGUACCUUUUGCGCGGGUAUCACUGGUGCAAUUAUACUAAAAAUGCAGUCAUUCUAGAAGCUAAUUUAGCCAUGAACCAGGCUGUGCGCAUUGAAUCCCCCAAGUAGCUUUGACAUUGGCGCUGUAGAAUAUACGCUCAGGUCUUACGAUGGAAACUCCCUGCGGAAAAGCGUCCCAUGAUGCUUAAACAAAACAACUGACAUAUAGCGUGUUGCUUAAAACAAGGCGGGGAUCUCUAUUCGCUUCACAUUAGGUGAAAUACUGCGCAGAAUGCAGUGCCGGAAUCUGAAGCAGCGUUACAUUACUUGUUUCCGCGAAGGGACGUGAAUUCAUGGUUAACAUAAUGCGACGACAAGGAGGCUUAUGUUCCGGUUAAUAAAUAAUGUAUGAGGUAUGGCUAAUGAUGACAUGAAGAAAUAGUCGUAUUCAAGAAAAACCUGUUGAGCAAAACUUGAUCUUAUGAUCUUGCUCUCUAGCCCAUGCGUCAUUGGAUAACAUGCAAACAUGGAAUCUGCUGCCUUGAAUAUUGAAGGUGUGACGUCAAUGCUCGAAUUUCACACUGCGUUUGCACUUCAGGGUUACAGCACGCCGCGACUUUUUUUUUCUCCUACAGCAUAAUUUAUAGUGGGCGCUGGAGCACAGGCGCUGGGCUUCCGUCAGCACAUCUCUUAUAAUGUACGGGCGCAAGUGUUUCCUCCAUGCGCAAGCCUACUAACACUGUGUGUACAUCCACCUAGUUUUUAUAGUUUUAUAAAUGCGCUUUUUUUCUUUCGGGCUAUUUAUUACGUAGAUGUUAUUUCAUAGUUGCUGGCAGUACCUGAUGUAAUUCCAUACCAGGCGGCAACGACAAGCGCUGACAGCACCGUAAAGGCAGCUGCAAUGUCUCUAUAGCAGCAGUAUUUCGAAAGCGGUUGGUCAUAGCAUAAAUGUACAAUGAAACUUUGCGAUCGGAGCUGAUAUUUGUGGAACUUUAUACAUCGCUCUCUGUUAAAAGUUUAUGAAGGGGAUGCUUGCUUUGCGAAACCUCUUGGGCUUUGCUGACCGUGGCUGCUGCUGCUGUCGUCCCGAAUAACUGCCUCUCUCUCUCUCACACACACACACACAAACACACACACACACACAAACACACACACACAAACACACACACACACACAUGCACACACACGCACACACACGCACGCACAGGCACGCACGCACGCACUCAUGGAGAAAGUUAAGCAGAUCCAAAGCACAUGCAGGAAUCAAUGUGAAGCGAAGCAUUCGUUAAGAGAGAGAGAGAGAUAAAUAGAAGAGAGGAAAAGCAGGUACGUUCACCAGACGCACGUCCAGUUUGCUACCCUGUACAGGGGGAAUAGGAUGUAGGGAUGUGAAGAGAAAGAGAUUGAGCACAGUUUCGCCCACAUUUGAAGGUACGCAUCGACUCUACAAACGGUCACCAAGAACUGUCCACUUGAGGUACUGCAAUAGGGCUUUCGUGGCUUUCUGUGUCAUCGAUGCUUACUGCCACGGUCCAAGGAUCUUCAUUUCUGAAAAUCGCCUUGAGUGAAAUGCUGUCUGGAGAGGUUAGCGUUCUACGUCGUACCGGAGACGGAGACAUAAGAUGUCUCCGUCUCCGUUUCUCCGAAUCGUUUCUAUUGUUCCACAAGAGUCGCACCUGGGCGUAUCACCCAUUGCGAUGCAGAACGAGUAGGCCUUUAUAAAUGAAACCCCUAGCCACAUGCGCCACAGCACUGUCACCUCAGAGUGGGAUACGUUUGAUGGCAUUUGGAUAUUAAUGGAUGGAUCAAGUGCACGAAGAUGAAACUUCGGGAGGUUGGGAGAAGACCAUCAUUUCUUUGUCAUAUUGGUUAUGGAAAUCUAUACAGUCACGUGUCAAGCAAAAUAUUGAUCUAAGAAUGUAAGAGCGCUCCUGUUCAGUUGUGCAGGGUGGGCACAUCACUGCGCUGCCAAAGAGAGACGAACUUCCGAUAUUGUAACUAUAGAUAAACAACAGCAACAAGUAUAUUGCUGACGCAUAGGCACAUGAAGAAAAAAGAGGGGAGAUAGCGUUCAAGCCUUCCUUUUGCAACGAUUCAAUAAGAGCUAUAUUUAAUAAAAGAAAAUGUAGACAUCCACCCAAACGUGGGAAAUUGCUACAAAGGAAAUCCAUACUGGUUGCCAUGUGCCACCUUGCUGGCUUCCGUAGAACUAUUACGUCAAUAGUUAUAUUUCCUAAAUAGCUGCAAUAAUUUGUAGCAGACAGAAUGUCCGGCUACGGUUACUCUUUUUCAGCGUUUUAUUUGUAUGUUUGCAUUCAGUAAAGCCGGAACCAGGGAACUUGAUGCGAUACUCCGAACAACCGAAAUGAAAACAAAGCACUUGUAUUGUUAUACGCUAGGGCAUUUACAAGAUGGUCGCGACUUUGCUUGGCCUGAAAGGACGGGUGUGACGACAGCAACGGUUACAUCAGUAAAUUAGACUUCUCUCGGUGGGGCUAUGAAUGGUCCUGUGCUUUUUACUUGGCUUCUAAACUUAAUAUAACAAAUUCGUCCUCUUGCAAAUAAAAGAAAACAGACAAUUUUUAACAAUGUUGCACUCAAUCCGCAACCAUGACAAUGCGCGUGAAUGAACAGUCGGUGUUAAAAAUGCUCUUGGCUGCAUACAAUUAGUGGACAGGAAACAAACACAUGACUGCACGUACCGCGCUUCUGUAUAACAAAUUACUCGCAUAUGUUGGGCUAAGGUUGUACGUACACCACGGUACAACCAAUAAUCCAUGCCAUAUACCUUCUAUGAGAGCGUAUAUCUUUAGCGAAGCGCAACUCAUCUUUCACGCCACCGCGAAUGACCCAUGUGUCUCUGCGCAACGUUUACAGCUGUGAGUUGCAACCCGUGGUAAUGGGGCACGUUUAUCAAGAAA